AAGCAAAUAAUUGAGCAAGGUAAUGUAAAUCAAAUGUGUUAAUCUGUUAAAAAAAGAACGAAAAGCGUCGUAUGGGGCAAUCGCGGAGUGGAGCGAGUCAACAACCAAAUACAAUCGAACUUCACAGACUGCUAUCCCGGACAAUGACGUAUGACAUAACCGAUGGGGCCCACAGUAUGACUGAGACCGAGCGAUUCGCUUCUACGACUAUCUAAUUUUUGGACAUUUUUCUGUUAUUACUAAACCGUAUACACUAUUUGUAGUACUCUCUCUCUCUAUAUAUAUAGAACUCUAGCUCUCAAAAUCUUUAGAGAGCUACAUGUAUUCUUAAAGCUAAUGGUCAGGCUGAAAGAGUGUGCAGUAACGACUUCUUCGAUAUAGCUAAGUUAUUCUCUACCAGGUUCGGGCGAAUUAAAACAUUAAAUAAUUUAAAAUACGCUAAUAUGCUAAUAAUACGAUUCGCCGUUUUACUAAUGGAGAUUCGAUUAUUUCAUUGUUUGGUGAAAAAUAAAAUUACGAGUUUAAUAGCGAUUAAUAAUAGUUUUUUAAAGGCCACGCUUAAAAAUAGUGUAUUGAUAAUUAUACGACGUGACAUUAAUACGUAAAUAUCGAUUUAUCCAAACACAUUUGAGUAUUAAAACUGUUGACGGUAUUGGUUGAGAAAUUUUUUUUUUGUAACUAUUUAAAUAAUUUAUGUGGUAGAUAUUUUUUGUGAGAUAAAAUAAAUUAUCCGUUUUGUAUUUUCGAGUUCUAUGACACGAAGAAAAUGAAGUGCUUUUACUACGUCUUGUUUUCACUUGUGAUUUUAAACAGUCACUAUUUUGUAAAUUGCAAAAUCAAAGCAACCGAAUACAAAAAUUACAUCGUCGGCGUGUUAAGUCAUCUCUGUAAUCAACAAGGAUGGAAAUCGAUGCCACACGUAAUGGUCAAAAAGGGAAUUCUAUACGAACAUUUUACAUGCCAAGCGGUUGUAGACGAUAUUGGGUUGCGUAAGAAUUACCAACAACUACUGUACUUGAUAAUUUUUUCGCUUAACUGCAGGUACGCCGAAAUACUGUAUUACUUCAGCGAGACGAUUAAACGCGUCAUAUACAAGUGCGGCUUUUAUUUGGAAACGGCAAACGCGAAACAUUUCAAUAAUUGUACCGUUUUGCUUUACGGUGCGGUGACAAUGUCGGCCGACAUGUUCGGCAAACUGUUCGACGCUUUGCAGUAUAUGAGCCAAAUAAAUUUGAAGAACAUCAACGUCAAUAUGGAAUCUCCGUUGACGAUAACGGAGCGCAUUCUACCGUUUUACGAAUUCGCCAAUUACAAAACGAAUCGGAGUCCGUUUGAAUUAUCAGUGGCUAGCAACGAAGAUAUUUUUCGCGAGUUCGAAAACAUCAAAGGCUUCUUUAACGAUAUCGGAAAGACCGGCGACUUGCACACACUCGUCAACAAUCAUUGUUCGUCUUCAGACGUGAAUCGAAAUCGCGUUCCGCUAUAUUUGCAAAGGCCCCACGAACGAGGAGAAGCUCUGAAUGAAUUCGACGUUAUCGGAAGUUUAAUGAUGAAUUUCUACAGUCAUACGAUAAAAAACGAUUACCAAGACAUUGGCUUUGCGGAACUGUUGGAUCCCGAAAACUCCACGUUCUGGCAUCCCACAGACAAGGAUGAAGAAUAUCUUACAAUUUUAAACUCGAUUAUGAAUAAAAAGGGUUGGAACAAUCUAAAUCACAUAACUCUUAUACAAUCAAAUCAAUUAAUAACCGUUGGCGAUUUCUUAAGCCUCGUGAAUGCGAAAGUGAACAACUAUUGGAUUAAACGAAAAUAUCUGUCGAAAUUCAUGCGUUGCAGGUACACCGAGAUACUCCAAUCUUUCAACGAAAAGUUGGGCUCGCUGUUAUCUCUUUGUGUAGACGAACAGGAAAGCAACAACACGACUUCGUUUAUUCAUUGCACGAUUCGACUGUACGAUACGAUCAACAGGUCCUCUCACAUGUUCGAUCGGCUGUUGUCCGCGCUGAUCACCAUAAGGAAAAUGACCAAUCAUAACGCGGCGAGAAAUAAACAAUUGCUUAUCGAAAAACUCAUUGACGAUAUUUCUAAAUUCAUUAAAAACCUGUCGAAAAAGUACCCUUCCGAAAGUAUUUUCAUCGACUUAAACGACACCAGCAAUAGAGCCGUGGCCAUUAAAUAUCUAAAUGAAAUUUUGUAUGUUCAUUCCAAUCUUUUGGUCGAUUACUUAUUCGCAAUGGAAUCGUACAAUUCUAGAGAUUGCAUAAUAGAAAAAAAGGCGUCGGAAUUAACCGAUACGUUAGAAUUGGCCAUAGCUAAAAAUAAUUUAUCGCCCAUUGACCAAAUGGAACUCGUAUGUGUGAAACUCAACAGUUUCUACGAAAACGUCGUGCUAAACGAUUGUGAAUAUCUCGGUUUUCAUUAAAUUACAAGCCAAUUGUUUAUCGAUACAUAAACACUUUUUGUACAACGACUAUAUUUUUUUAUACACGUACAUGUACAGAGAUUAAUUA